AUGGGGAAAACCAAGAAGAAGACGAGUCUCGGGAGAGCCCUAGUGAAGCACCAUAACCAUGCGAUCGAUGAAACCAAGGAAAAAGGGAAAGUUUUGGAAUCCGUCACGGAGGUUAGCGACAUCGAUGCCAUCAUCGAGCAAGCCGACGAAUCUGAUCGCCUUUUCUCCAUUCAUCACGACUCUGCAACACCCAUCAUCAACCUGGAAACAGGUUCGAGCUCAAGUGGUGGUAAAGAAUGGAAAGAGCAACAGAAGAGAGAAGAGGCUUUACAUGCUAAUAGCCUUCAAGUGCCUCGAAGACCUCCUUGGACACCUAAAAUGACUCUGGAACAACUUGAUGCUAAUGAAAAACAAGCUUUUCUCACUUGGCGACGCAAACUUGCCAGGUUAGAGGAAAAUGAAAAUCUUGUGCUGACUCCAUUCGAGAAGAACCUUGACAUAUGGAGACAGCUUUGGCGAGUGCUUGAACGAAGUGAUUUGAUAGUUAUGGUUGUUGAUGCUAGAGAUCCUCUAUUUUACCGUUGUCCUGAUCUUGAGGCAUAUGUACGAGAAAUUGAUGAGCAUAGAAAAACAAUGCUUCUAGUAAACAAGGCGGAUCUUUUACCUUCUUAUGUCAGGGAGAAAUGGGCGGAGUACUUCACCCGCAACAAUAUUCUGUUUGUCUUCUGGUCAGCCAAAGCUGCUACUAGUAUCCUAGAAGGUAAACCCCUGAAAGAAGAGUGGAGAGCACCUGAUACCUCUAAGAAGACAGAUGACUUAGCUGUUAAAGUAUACGGAAGGGAUGAGCUUUUGGCUCGAUUAGAAUUUGAGGCUCAAGAGAUAGUAAAAAAGAGGAAAUCUUCCAUGGAAACUUGUGCUAAAUGGCAUCAAGAACAUGUUGUGGUUGGGUUUGUUGGGUACCCGAACGUGGGAAAGAGUUCGACAAUCAACGCAUUGGUAGGUCAGAAGCGAACAGGUGUCACAUCUACCCCCGGAAAAACAAAGCAUUUCCAGACAUUGAUAAUAUCUGAGAAGCUAAUGCUAUGCGAUUGUCCUGGUUUAGUCUUUCCUUCAUUCUCAAGCUCAAGAUAUGAAAUGGUUGCUUGUGGGGUACUUCCAAUAGACCGAAUGACCGAGCACCGUGAAGCUAUCAAGGUAGUAGCUGAACGGGUUCCUCGGGAUGUCAUUGAGCAAGUGUACAACAUUUCUCUACCUAAGCCGAAAACCUAUGAGCCUCGGUUCCGCCCACCUCUUCCCUCAGAGCUUUUAAGAAGUUACUGUCUGUCUCGCGGGUACGUUGCCGCUGGUGGACUACCUGAUGAGACAAGAGCAGCUAGGCAGAUUCUGAAAGAUUACAUUGAAGGUAAGCUUCCACAUUUUGCAAUGCCUCCAGAUGAAGAAAACAAGACAAGAGGUGAUCAUGCUUUGGAAGCCAACGCAGGUGAAGAAGGUGAAGAAGCUCCUGGUCUUGGUCUCGAUCAAGUUCUAGAUGAUCUGAGCUCCUUUGAUCUUGCGAAUGGGCUUGUCUCUUCCGAGAAGCCACAGAGGAAAAAAUGA